UCACAACACCUGAAAUUAAGCUAUAUAAAAAAUGUAACUUGUAAAAAUUAGAAUCAAACUUAACUUAAAAAAGUUCGUUUGAUUUGUAAUUAUCGCCCUGGUUUACCGACUCGUCACGAUUUUCGUUCAUCAAUCUAUGUUCGGUGAUAUAUAAUAAUGAUUGUUAAUAAUCUGUGAUCCCGUGUUUCGUCUAUAAUCCGUGCUUUCAUUUUUCAAAAACAUCGCAACAAUCGUGGUGGUUAACAAAGAAAUAAGUUUGCAAUAUGUCGAUGCGCCCGGAUGAUUACGGAAGAAAAUUGGACCGCGAGGAAUGCGAGAAACUGUCCGAAGAGCGCAAAAGGGCCGAGAAGGAUUUAAAGGAAGAGUCCGAAAACAAGAAAAAAGGGACCAAUCCCCAUUCAACCAUAGUGGGUGAGGAUGUGUACAUGCAAUACAUAACGAGCAAGGAGGAAGACAACAAGCCGGAAGAUGAUGGGAUCGACAAACUCAAAGGCAUGCUGGGCAAAACCAUGUUCAAGUGUCGCACGUGCAGCGGGGACCACUGGACUUCAAAAUGUCCAUGGAAAGACACCAUGGUCGCUGGAGGUAAAAUACCAGAUGACAAGAAGCCAGCCGCUACUAUGUGCGCUGGCGAGGCGGCUAAAGCAGGCUCCAAGUAUGUGCCUCCCAGUUUAAGGGAAGGGGCUUCGAAAAGAACAGAUUCAACUAUGGGUAGACGUGCCGUUAUUCGCAUAGCAAACUUAAGUGGAUCAACCACGGAAACGGAUCUGCAAGAGCUGGUUAAACUAUUUGGGCCUAUUCACAAGUUCUUUAUGGCUAAAGAUAAAGUGACUGGUGUCUGUAAAGGGUUCGCUUAUAUUCACUUUAAGUUCAGGAAUGAUGCAGCCCUUGCUAUAAACAGUCUAGAUGGCCGCAGUUACGAUCAUCGUAUCCUCAAUGUGAAUUGGUCCAGGCCACAGAAUAACUAAUUUUUUUGAUUUUAAUUCCAUCUUAA